AUGUAAAGAAAGAAUUGGAAACUAGAAGUAUGUAUUUUAUUUAAUACAAACUAGGAAGAUAAUGCAUUAUUAUAGAAUUGUUAACAAUUAAAUUUCAAUUGGAAAAGAGUUUCAAAAAAUAUGAAUUUAAUGGGAUUUAAAAGAUCUGGUAAAUCUUGUAAAGAAAGAUUCUAAAAUCAAUUAAACCCUCAUAUUAAUAAAGAUUAAUGGUCUCAAAAUGAAAUUGAUAAACUUUUUGAGUUGUAAAUUAAACAUGGAAAUAAAUGGGUAUUAGUUAUGAUUUAUUUUUAGAGAAUAAUUGCCAAAGAAUUACCAAAUAGAACUGAUGGACUUAUUAAAAAUUAUUUUUAUUCUCUAGUUAGAAAAGUUCUACGUCGUCUAUCUAAAGCUGUUAAUAGAAAUAAAAAUGGUAUAUUUAUAAAUAUAAUUGAUCUAGGUUCCAAAAUGACUAAGACUUUAAAACCUUCAGUAAUCUCAUAAAUCUUUUGUGCAAAUUAGAAUGAAACCAAAUAGUCACCAAUUAAUUUAGAAUUUGCUUACUUAUUUAGAAAUAUUAUAUUCAAGUAUAAAAAUUAUAACUUGUCUUAAAAAAUUGAUAAUGAAGAUAUUAGCAAAAUAAAAUUAAUAUUUCUUACGUUACAAAAAUUAAAGUACUUUAAUACCUUAUUUUUAGUGAAUCUUAUAAUACUGAUAAUAAUAAAAGAUUAGAAACUAAAAUAAAUUAAAAAUAAGAAAAAUAAAACAGAAAAAACUUCAAUGUUAAUUUUAAUGCCGUAUAUAUAUAUAAUUAAUAUUAAUUAGAUUAUUAUAGAUAAAAUUAAUAACAAACUUCCUAUUUUUACAACUAAUUUGUUUCCUAUAGAAAAAUUAUAUCAAAGAUAAGAUAAUCAUUUUGAUACUCCUUUAUAAAUUAACCCUUAAGUAAUAUCAUCUUUAAAUUCGUAAAAUGUGGAUAAAACUUUUAGUUAUACUAAUUUCCCUUUGAAAUAACAACAAUAGUAAUAUAUUAUUUAUCAUCCUAUUCCUUAAUAUUAUUAUGUACGUUUACUAAUAUUAUAUAGUCUAUGACUUUUAAUGCUUAUGUAUAAUAACAACAAAAUCUAAGCAAUUUUUAUAGUUCUUAUUAACAUGAAUCAAAUAAAGUCAAAGAAGAAAAAGAAGAAUGA